AUGGCUUACCUACCUGGGUUAUAUAUCUUGUCUCCCCUGCAGUCGGUCUCUCCCACUGGCGAACCAUCCGAUUCGGGGAGCUUCCUGACAGGCCUUCCCUCAGGCGGUUUCACAAAGGAUCCAGCCGACGGUCCAGGCACUACAACCGCCACCAAGCCACUGUGCCCCAACGAAACGCCUCUUAGCCCCGGUCCCACAGCACCGUUCAACCCGGUUUCGUCGAACAUCUUCCAACCCAUUGCGACCGGGGCACCUCCGCAAGCCCUGCCUUCAAGAGCGGAUCAUCCCGUCCAGAAGCAGCAUAUCGACGAUAAGGACGUCCCGAUUCAGACCAACAAGUUUUACGCAAACUUCUUCCUAGGCAGCCGGUCUUUCUCGACCUGGACACACCCCUACUCUUUGUCGUGGGAUAGCAACCCCAAUGAUGGCACUCAUGGUAUUGCCAUUAGUCACACCACACGAGACAAAUUUGCCUUCGUCCCCGAUGCAAACAACACACGGUUCUUCAUCUCGCCAAUUGGUAUCCAUCAUAUCAUACUAACCGCUGCGGAGCUGAAGUCCGAUACCUCUCUUUCGCUUGAGCGCUUGGGAGCCUUCUCGACGUGGGUGAACUUGCGACCAAACAGUAUGCAAGGCACUCGCAUCUUGAUGUCUCUUCCCGUUGCUCAGGGUAUGGGCAUGGUGACCGCUGUCUACGAUAGGGCAAAGCCGGUAAUCAAAACCACUGUCUUCUUCCUUUCUCUGGACUGGGUUGAGCGAGUCAACGGAAUCACGGACAAAUACCGGAUCGUACUCAAUGAUGGCUCACACUGGCUCUUGUACGUUACAUCAGACGGUUCCAUCGGUACGCUGCCCUUCGUAUUGGAGAACAGCACUACAAUCACUGGUCCUGCCGAUUUUAUAGGCAAAAUCCAAGUCACCAAGAAUCCAUCCGGCGAGGCAGUAGAAAGCAUAUUUGAUUACAGUGCCGGCGUAUAUGCUGUCAACGCGACUAUUUCUGCGACAGUCAACGGAGCUUUCGGAAGCUACACGAUAGAUUGGGCCAAAGGUGGCCUCGUGGAACGACCGCUGCUUAUGUAUGCACUACCUCACCACGUCGAGUCGUUCGAUCAACAGACGGCUGCUAGUUUGAAGGACAUCACUCUUGUUACAACCACGAAAGGCUUCGCACGAGCCAUCGUCGCUGACCGGAUGACCAUGGUGGAGAACGACCUUCCUGACACUAUUGGGUUUGCUCCAUGGGCUAAAAAUCCCAACGCGGCUGGGGGCUCGGAGAACAUCAACGUGAACUCACAGGCUCUUGCGCUCAUAAAUCAAGCUGGCAUAGCUGAGCUCAGCCAGGACAUGAUCCGGCAGACAUCGCUGAAUAGCAUGUACUAUUCCGGCAAAGGCCUGGCCAAGUUUGCUACCAUCAUCUAUACGCUGAACAGCAUGACAGGCAACAGCCAGUAUGCUGCGGCUGGUUUGGACCGUCUCAAGGAUGCAUUCAACGUCUUUGUUAACAAUACCCAGCCUGAGCCGCUGGUCUACGAUCAGGUCUGGAAGGGCAUCGUCUCGGGCGCCAGCUACUCAGGAGACCUGGGGCUGGACUUCGGAAACACGUUAUACAAUGAUCACCACUUCCAUUACGGGUACUUUGUGUAUACUGCCGCUGUCAUCGGGCAUCUUGAUCCUACCUGGCUUGGUCAAGGCAGCAACAAAGCCUGGGUUAACUCCCUUGUGCGCGACUUUGCUAACCCAGUAGCCGACGAGUAUUUCCCGUUCCAGCGCUCAUUUGACUGGUUUCAUGGUCAUUCAUGGGCAAAGGGUCUUUUCGAGUCCGGUGACGGAAAGGACCAGGAAUCAACAUCCGAGGAUACCUUUGCGACUUACGCGAUCAAGAUGUGGGGUAGGGUCAUUCAGGAUCCAAACAUGGAGGCUCGCGGAAAUUUGCAGCUCGCCGUGCAAGCGCGCAGUAUCAAAAACUACUUCCUUAUGGAGGCCAACAACACGAACCAACCUGCAGGCUUUGUCAAAAACAAAGCCACCGGUAUCCUCUUUGAGAACAAGAUCGAUCAUACUACGUACUUUGGAGGAAACAUUGAAUACAUCGAGGGCAUACACAUGAUUCCUCUGAACCCGUCGUCCGCCUAUACACGUCGUAGGCAAUUCGUCCAAGAAGAGUGGGCCACGUACUUUGACAACGGACGCGCCGAGCAAGUCCAAGGCGGCUGGAAAAGCAUCCUGAAAGCCAACCAAGCAUUAUUCGACCAAAAAGCCUCGUACGAGUUCUUCUCCAACCCAAACUUCAACGAACAACUCGAUGGAGGCGCAAGUCGCACAUGGUAUCUGGCUUACUCGGCGGCCCUGUUGGCUGCGGAUGAACUUGCCACACAGCGGGAUCUGCAGAUGGAUUAUGCUGGUCCGGAGCUGCCGUUGGGCUCUGCACAGAAGAUUGAGGCACGUGGGUCGCAGGCGGUUGGGGAAUACAGUACUUGGUCUUCAGGGUUCAACUGGCCUACUCCGUCUAGUACCAAACCCGCUUGGUCUUCAGGAUUCAAUUGGCCUACAAAACCUGGCAUUGAACCAACAGCUACUUCGACGCCUACGGAGCCUGCUAUGGUCACCAUGGUGGCUGGUACUGACACACUAGACAAGAAAGAUGAUAGGAAAACCCUGUGGCAACUGGCUCUCUAG